UGCUGGGAUCACACAUUAUUUUUGGUGAUUUAUAACAGUGAUGUUUUGAGAUCCUGUGGGAUAACAAUAAGACGGGAUUUAGUGCAUCCUUUCUGUAGAAAUUGGAUUCACUUUCUAAUGGUUGGAGAAUGGAAGAAAAGUGGAAGCGCCUGAUAUUGCUGUUAGAUUUUAGUCUAAGCUGUUGAAUGAGUUAGCAUGGUUGAUAGAGACGUAGAGUUAUGGGGUGAGGGCCUAUUCUCCCCAGUUUAUUUUCAGUUUUCAGUUAAUUCAGUUCACUUCAGCUCUAAUUAUCAUUUCUAUUAGUUAUAGUUCAAUUCAAUUCAGUUCGGUUGUCUUAUGUCGAAGAGAACAGGCCCUGAGUUAAUAAAUAUAUGAUGGCAAGAAUGACGCGAAUGGUGUAAGAUUUGUGCAAUAUAUGAAGGGUUAGGAGUUAGGACUCACUUGAACACUGAAUCUUAGAGAUUGGUUGGGCAGAAAACAGUUUAUUAGAAAAAUGAUUUUGUACAUUUUCCUUUGUUUGGUUUCUAAAUAUUUUUAUUAAAAUGUUAAAAACUAUUCUCCCGAAAGUGGAAACAUUUUCUUUUUAUAGGAAUGGAUGCCACAUCUUUCUUCCUAUUCUUCACCUUCCUUUUCCUUUCUCCUAUCCAUUAUCCCCCUUUCAUUUACAUUCUUGCCUUUUUCUCCAACUUUUCGUUCAAUGAACCAAACAUAUAUGAUCUAAUCUACAAUUGUGUUUUCUCUUGAAAAAUGUAUGGAAAAUCAAUCACUAUUGAAAAUGUUUAGCAUCGGACCAACAAAGCCUUAGUGAAAGAUCACUCUUUUGUCUUUGUGGUCAUUUUCUUUUCCCACUGUUCUCGUGUGAUUACAAUUUGACAAGUUCUGAACUUGUAAAAUUCAUAAUUAUACAUUUAAACAACACAUGAUCGCCUGCUGAACUUAGGCGCUUUAAUUUCGCUUUGAAUAAGAAUGUUUUAGGUUUUAUAAGUUCAUCGUGGUUUAGAUAAGGGCUAAUAGUUUCAAAUUGGGCUAGUAAAAUUCAAUUCACAUCUGAAAUAUGUUCAGAUUAGGGUCAAUAAGCUCAAACAUAUCAUAUAAGCGCCAAUAAGUUCAGUUCAGAUGAACUCUAAGAGUUUUCGGAUGAAGAGAAAAUAGACAUGUUUCAGUUCUGCAAGAUUCGUUCAUCCAUCCAUCUCUUGAUUCCUCCCCUAGACCUGGAACAGAGCAUGGGAUAAAUCCAACUUUUUUUAAAGGGGACAAAUAGGAGAAGAAGGACCAAGUAAUUUUUGGCAAGCUUUAUGGUUUAGUUUGGUUCAGCUUAGAGUCACUUUGGUAAACUACUCUAUGAAUUUGGACUGAGUCAACUUCAAAAAGUAUGUGGCUUUGUACAUUCUUGUUCAUGUAGUCUUAAUCUUCUGUUAUGUCAAUUCCGUUUCUAGUAAAUCACUCACUGGUCAUAGAACUUGGAAGACAAGUAGCUUUAUAUAAACAGUUCACUUGUGACUACAUAAUUUUCUGAGAGAACAGAGACAUUUAGCUGGGUCCCAAAGACAAUUCAUAGCAUAAUCUAGUCUAUUACAUUGACUGAUUGGUAUUUUCCCUGAAAAAUUUCAGAUUUUAGACUGAAAAUAAAUGUAUUCUGGGAGAUGUAUCCAUGGCUGCCACGACUUGUGUACGAGGAACAUUGACCUAGGACAAUUUUGCAGAACUUCAGAAAGUAUAAUGUCUAAUGGAAAGCUCAGUAUGACUGGCCUGAUUCAGUAAUUUGCAAUUGUAGAUUUGUAAUAUUUUGCUUGAUUUGCUAUGGUCACUCCUAAAUUGAAUAAACUAUGCUUUAGGAUUCAGAAUGAGGAAAGAUUUGGAAAUGCUAUGGGAUAUCAUAACAUAUUGCAAAACUAUGGUUUAGAGGUUUACUGAUUAAAAUCAGUUAACAUUGGUUGAUUAUAUGGUUCAAGUUCUGAUUUCUUGAUUGUUAUUUGGUAUUUCAUACAUUAAACUGAUUCGACUUUCUGGCGUUCUUCCUUUAUCGUUCUUGUUUCCCCUUUCUUUUAGUAGAUAUGUAGGGGUCGGGGUUAGUUUGCAAGCUUCACGAAGUGGCCAGGAGUGCUUUUCCGUGAUGGUUUCCUUUAUUUCUUGGCAAAUUUGUGGUCUUCACAUAAUAAACUGUUAAAUGCUGGUAGUUUCCUUAUCCUCCCUUGUGAGCUACUACCCUAUUUCCAAAAAAAUUUACACGCUUUUCAUUUCAAUAAAUCAAGGACGCCAUCAUAAAGAUGUUGGUUCAUGGAAGAAGAGAGAAAAGUAGAUUAGGAGAGAGGGAAGGUUUGAGAGUAGAUGACUCAUGUGAGAAUAAGUGGUGGAUUCGAUUGCGCAAGUUGGUUAAAAGAAGUGAAUAAUAUAUUUAUCAACAGUCCAAAAAAAAUUAGUAAAACUUCGUGAAAAAGGAGUAUAAUGAUAAGCAUUUUGGCACAUAGCAUGUAGGCAUAUAAUGUUUAAUCUUUGUGGUUUUCUCUUAUUUUACAUUCACAUACACUACAUGGUGCCAACAUUAACACUAUGUGCUAUAUGUUAUGAGUCAAUAUGCGUAAUUUAUCAUUCCUCAUAUAACCGUACGUUAUAAUUGGGAAUCUUUGAAUUUGAGCACAACUUUUUUGAUUCAUAUGGGAUAAGUACGGGGGGGACAUAAACGUAAGUGAGUGUUCAAAUCCAUGUGCACUCUUUAGCUAUGGACAAAGUGAUAGUUGACUGAUUAUUGGUAAAGUGUGAACCCAGUGACUAGUGAGGCAAGUUAAAAUUCAAUGUGCACUCUUUAGCUAUAGACAAAGUGAUAGUUGACUAAUAUGACUAUGUUGAAGUUUCUAUCAAAUUAGGCAAAUUCCAACGCACUAGUAUAUGAAGGGGGGUUGGGCAAUUUCUAAGGUACACUCGUAUUUAUUACGAGCUUGGUAUAGUCAAAAGUACUUUAUGCUUUUCUUAAGAGCUAAAAGUCUAAAAUACCACCAAGUAACUCUCAAGGGGCCUUGCCUGCAAACCCGGACGGGUUGACUAGUGCGAGGUUCCGAUCCAGUUAAGGCGUCUUUUUCUUACUUUCAAAAAAAAAUAUGCCUAAAAUACUUGGGUAUUUCAUGGAUUUUUUUUGUAGGGUUGGUCUUUUUCUACAAAAUAUUUCCUACAGCCAUUAAAAAGUUUAUGUGGUGUAACCAAAACCUUCUUUCAAUAAUAAUGUUUGUUUUCCAUAUAUCGCUUGUAAGUUGUAAUCAGCUGAGCUGAAAGAUUUGCUACUACUAGCUCGUAACAUCAUUGAAAAUUGUUUUGCAGUGACUUAUUUGUACUGUUUGGUACUCGUAUAAUAGAAACAUUUUACCGAAUCCGUCUUCUUGUAAUUGACUAUUGACUUCAAUACCACUACCUAUGGUCGACAAGUGAGUAUAUUGUUUCAACUAGAAACUUCCCUUCGCUUUCCUAGUAUGCUUUUCAUGGAAAAUCUCCUUAAUGAGUAAAGUUGUCAUCAAUCACUAUACUUCCACUUUCACACAAAAAUCAACUAUAUUACCAUACUAUAGUUUAGCUCUCUCUUUCUGUAUCUUAACAUCUCAGCCUAUCUAUUGAAAUUUAUAAUGGCUUCUCAUUCAUUCAUUUAUGGCCUCUGUUUCUCUCUGUUCUACUUCCCCUGUUUGAUCACAUCCCAGCAACCUUAUACUCAAAACAAUUGUCGUCGAUCUGGCAACAUCUCUGCUGUUCUUGGGUACAACUGCAAUGGUCUGAAUCGGUCUUGCCAAUCGUUUCUCAUCUACCGGGCUCAGCCUCCCUAUAACAGUGUCUCCUCCAUCGCCUCUCUUUUUUCUGCCAAUGCAUCUCAGAUUUCUGCAAUCAAUAACAACAUUACGGAAAACAUGGCCUUGGCAACAAACACUAAGGUUAUCAUCCCUGUGACAUGUUCCUGUGCUGGUAGAUUCUACCAAACCAACACCACUUAUGUUGUUAAACCUCAUGAAAAUUACUACAUGAUAGCUAACAAUACCUUUGAAGGUUUAACUACUUGCUACGCCAUUCGAACUCAGAAACUCAGUCCCAAUGUCGUAAACAUAUACGCUAUGGAACAGCUCACUAUACCUCUAAGGUGUGCCUGCCCUACAAAGAAGCAAGUCAACCAGGGGAUUAGGUACCUUAUGAGCUAUGUCAUCCAACCAGGCAACAAUAUUGGGACUGUUGCUACGUAUUUUGGAGCUGAUGUUGGACAAACUCUUGAUGCCAAUGAGAAAUCCGAGCAGGACUCUCUUAUCCAACCUUUUACAACCCUUCUCAUUCCACUACGAAACCCACCAAAUGGUUCUCGUUUGUCUUAUCCUCCUUACGUACCACCUCCACCAUCGCCUCCACCAUCUUUGCCUCCCACGGAAGCAACAUCACCAUUGUUGUCUAGUGGGAGUUCGAAUAAGAAAUGGGUUUAUUUCGGGGUAGGGGCGGUUGCAGGGAGUGCAUUUGUUGCAGUGUUAGCGAUCAUUUUUUUCUUCAUGUUUGCGAGGACAGGUAUGAGGAAGAAAACUGAUCUAGUUGUGUCAUCCCAAAGCCGCGAAGCACAAGAAAAGGCUCUUGUGAAGCAGCCACCAGAGAAAGAAUAUUUGGAGUUUCUUGAGAGUAUAUCUAGAAUAGCUUCCCUGAAAGUAUACAGUUUCGACGACUUGCAGGCAGCAACAGAGAAUUUCAGCUCUGAUCAUUGGAUCAAAGGCUCAGUGUACAAGGGAAGUAUUAAUGGUGAUCAGGUCGUCGUCAAGAAGAUGGACCGAGAUGUUAGCAAAGAGAUUAGUCUACUAAACAAGGUUAACCAUUUUAACCUCAUCAAAUUUCUGGGGGUAUGCUUUGAUGACGGGGUUUGGUACUUCGUUUAUGAAUAUGCAGAAAAUGGACCAUUGAGUGAUUGGAUCUACCAAGACAAUCCUGAUGGCAAAACCUUGAGUUGGGGUAAGAGAAUGCAGGUGGCUUGCGAUGUUGCUACCGGGUUGAACUAUCUGCAUAGCUAUACAAGCCCGCCACACGUGCACAAGGAUAUAAGGGGAAGCAAUGUUUUUCUUAAUAAUGAGUUCAGGGCAAAAAUUGCCAAAUUUGGGCUCUCAAGACCAGUUAGAGGGAAUGAUGGUCAAUUUACAUUAACAAAACAUAUUGUGGGGACUAAGGGUUAUCUAGCUCCCGAGUAUUUGGAGAAUGGAGUAGUCUCCCCAAUGCUUGACGUUUAUGCUUUUGGUGUUCUGCUGUUAGAGAUGCUAACAGGGAAAGAUGUUGCUUGCCUCUAUGAAGGUGUUAAGGUUCACUUAUCGGAGAUCUUAGGCCCUGUGCUGAGCGAGAAAGAUGGAUUUUCGAGCUUGAAAGAAUUUAUUGAUUCUUCUCUGGGGGAUGAUUAUCCUGCUGAUAUUGCAUACUCUAUGCUCAUGCUAGUUGAUCAUUGCUUGAGAAAAGAUCCAGGAAGUCGCCCUUUUAUGGAUGAAAUCGUUCAAAUUCUGUCAAGAUCAUUGACCACCUCACUUAUCUGGAAAUCCAGCACUUCUGUUAGUAUCUCAAGUUCAGAAUAAUGUUAGGACUAGUUUUAUUUAGUAGCUGUUUCGUGAUGCCAAUUUUUGUUCUUCACCUGCUUUAAGCUAUCCACACAAUUCCUGUUUUUCUUUUCCUUUGUGAAUUUGUGACAUAUUUCUGUCUCAAGUUCAUAAUAAUCUGUGACUGGUAACAUUUAUCUUUAGCUACAAACAUAAUUGUUGAUAUAUGUAGAUUAGGGAGUUUCUGAUUAAAGUUCAUUAGAGAAUUGAAUUGACUGGCCUUGCUGUUUAAGUUCAAUAAGCUUCCGAAUUCUUGAAAUCAUAUAGGAUAUGAAAGAAUGUCAUAUCUAAUGUAUGGUAAUCACAUUACAAUAUUCAUGUCUACUUGGACAA